UUGUAUCACGUCAAUCAUAUGAUCACACGUCAAAACUCUAAGCAGACAAAGUUUUUAUUUUAUAUAUUGUAUACAUAUACAUAUUGUAAAAAACUGUAAAAACGAUUUUUUGUAUGCGGCUAACGUAAUAUAUUUUUUGUUUCACGCGAUAGUUGCAUAAAUAAUUUCUUGUUAUUGUAAUUCUUUACAUUAAAAUUAAUAUUCUUCUUUAUUAUGAUUCUAUGUCAGAAUUUAACAAAAUAAAUGUUAAAAUGUUUUUACUUUUAUAAGCAUUGACGUGUCUCAUUGACGCAAUAAAAUUGGCAAUUAAAUAGAAGCUUAAGGUUUCUGUGAAAUGUUGAAAAACAUAUCAUCCUCAAUUUAUAGAAAAAGAAAUAUUUGUUUUCUAGAAAUCUUUUCUUUAACAAUUGCUCUGCAUUCUUAAAACAUAACCUCCAAGUUUGAAAAGUGUUUAUUAUGAAAUUUUGCAAGUGAGAAGUGAAAAAAUGACGAAACACAAUCACCAAUAUAUUAUCUUCCUAUUGUUUACUUUACUUAUAGUUUAUGUAAAUUCAGAGUUUGAGAAUGCCCUCAAGAAAAGAGGAGAUGCCACAAAAAAAUCACAAGCAAGUGAGGAAUCUGAUGAUGAAAAGGAAAAGGAAAUGGACGAUUUGGAAAUUGACAUUGAAAAGCUACGUAAAAUGACAACUCUCAAAGACACGUUAUUUUUCCUGAGUGAAAAGUUACAGAAACACCAAAAAGGUGAUGGAGACAAAGAAGAUGAAGACGAUUCAAAGACUGAGAGAUUUCAAGAUUCUUCCACGAGAAUAGAUUGGACACAAGAUGCUGCGUUGAGAAGCUCGUGGAUGAAGGAUAUAAUUGCUCAUACAAAAGAUUCUGAUUUACCGGAAUCUGAAUUAAAACCUUUCGAAAGUGCGGGUAUGGAAGGGUGGAAUGUUGUUGAGAGUCUUGCAGAUGAACAGGUCCAAGAAUCUCUUACUCCAGAAGAGCAGGAAGCGGAGGAUUUAUUUAAAAAGGCAAGAAGUCUGUUGAAUGCAACGAGAGCAAACAAGGCUGAGGCUUAUAAACUUUUAACCGCAGCAGCGACAUUAGGUCACAAGGAGGCACGUUCAAUGUUGGCCUGGGCCCAGUUGCUGGGCACUCAAAUAAACUCAUCGCCGCCUCGGUCGUCUAGUCAGGACAUUCCAACAGCUUUCCAAACCUUUAAGGAACUGGGCGAGUCGGGACUUCCUUCUGCACACAUGGGAAUGGGAUUUCUCUUCGCAACUGGACUCGGAGGAGUGAAUGCUUCUCAACCACGAGCUCUUCUUCACUAUACCAUUGCUGCUCUUGGAGGAGACACUCGGGCUCAAAUGGCUCUCGGCUACAGACACUGGGCAGGAAUCACGACUCCCGCCUCGUGCGAGAGAGCUCUUGACUUUUACCGGAAAGUGGCUAAUAAAGUCGCGGAGGAGGUCUCCUUAAGCGGAGGACCAGUUGUGCAGCGUGUGAGACUUCUUGACGAGUACGAAAAUCCCGGAUACAGUUCUGGUAUUCUAGAUCAAGAUUUGAUUGAAUACUACCAACUGUUAGCGGAAAAGGGGGACAUUCAGGCGCAAGUGGGACUGGGUCAACUUCAUUACCAAGGAGGCAGAGGCGUUCCUCUGGAUCAUCAAAGAGCACUCCACUACUUCCAACACGCUGCAGAUGCUGGCAACCCGGUCGCGAUGGCUUUCUUGGGAAAGAUAUAUUUGGAGGGAAGUGAUAUUGUGAAGCAGGAUAAUGAAACGGCUUACAAGUAUUUUAAAAAAGCAGCAGAGUUGGGAAAUCCAGUGGGUCAAAGUGGUUUAGGAUUAAUGUACUUGUAUGGCAGAGGAGUUGAAAGGGACACGGCGAAGGCUCUUCAGUAUUUCAGUCAAGCAGCCGAUCAAGGCUGGGUGGACGGACAACUGCAAUUGGGAAACAUGUACUUUAGUGGCACUGGAGUGAUGCGCGAUUACAAAGCGGCAAAUGAGUAUUUCAACCUCGCGAGUCAGUCUGGCCACGUUCUGGCAUUUUUCAAUCUGGCGCAAAUGCACGCAACCGGAGCUGGAAUGAUGCGCAGUUGUUCCACUGCAGUCGAGUUGUUGAAGAACGUUGCUGAGCGAGGAAAGUGGAGCGAUCAGUUGAUGGCUGCGCACACAGACUACAGAGAGGGUCGAAUCGACGAGGCCUUUGUUACUUACGUCCUUUUGGCUGAAAUGGGCUACGAAGUGGCUCAAAGCAAUGCAGCGUUCAUUCUCGACAGAGGAGAAAUCUCCAUUCUCACCGAGGAGGAAGGACUUGUACGUGCUCUCCAACUUUGGGCUAGAGCUGCAGCCCAAGGAUAUUCGGCAGCGCAGGUGAAACUUGGCGAUGCUCACUAUUACGGGAAAGGGACCCGAGUCGAUUACGAAGCGGCAGCGACGCACUAUCGAUCGGCCUCGGAGCAGCAGCACAAUGCUCAAGCAAUGUUCAACUUGGGCUACAUGCACGAGAGGGGCUUGGGCCUUGCCCGAGAUCGUCACUUGGCCAAAAGGUGCUACGAUCUCGCCGCAGAAGCGAGUCCGGACGCCAAGAUUCCCGUAACACUGGCUCUCAUGAAGCUGUUCCUUUUGUUUGGUUUUGAUUACCUUCAAGAAUUCAGUCUAAUCGACCACUUGAUGAAAAUGAGUCAAAUCUUUGGACAAAACUGGGAUCUCUAUCUCAUUGGUCUCCUCACCGGAAUGCUCAGUCUCAUCAUUUACUUCCGCAGACCACAGCCUCCUGCACAAAGGCCUAUUCCACCAAUCAAUUGAAAUGUAAGGAGCAUAGAAAUGAAUUUGUUGAAGGAUUACCAUUUUUUAAUGUAUAAGGGAUGAGUCUAUAGUUGCAAUUUUUAUGAUAUUGUCAGAUAUUGUCAGAUAUUGUCAGAUAUUGUAUUUCAAUCGUUAAAUUUAGAAUUAUUAUUAUUAUUCUUAAGAGAAAGUUUCAUAUAAUGAAAAGUUCACAUUUCAAGAGAGUUGUUUAAAGAAGCCUUUAAAAAAGAACUUGUGUAAAAUUUUCAAAAGACAAAUAAUAAUAAUAAUAAUAUCAGCAUUUUAAGGCAUUAUUUAUUAUUAAUAAAAUAAAACGAACUGAAAAUGAAAUAAAGCGUGUAAAAGAUACAAAGAUUGUAUUGUGUUAAAAAGCCUGAGCAGAAUGAAACGAUGAGAACGUAAAACGUAAACUUUAAUGUCAUUUAUUUUUUUCUAAAUCAUUAUAAUUUAAAGACAUUUUACGUUUUCAAUUACAUUCUGUAAUAUGGCUAAAGUUUUUUUUUCUUUUUCUUUUUCUUUUUUUUUUUUGAGUGACUGACGUAAUUGUAUAAGUCUAAAAAGAAUAAAGACGUAAACGAGGAUCGUUAAUAAUUGGUGACAUUUGUUCUUUUCUCAUCCCAUCGCUGUCAUACGUUCAAUUUACGUUCACGUUUACACCUUCAUUCUGUUUUCCUCUUAUUCUUAAUUAUCUAUAUAGUUAGCGAUUAGAGGCUGUAAAGUGUUAUUGUAAUAUACAUAUAUUAUCUAAUAAAAAUAAAUUUUGAAUGUU